UGUUUGGACUGUAUUCUGUAAGAUCCGUAUUCUACUGUCUGUUUUCGAGUGAUUAUCAUUGUACUGCUUAGAAAAGAAGGCAAAAACCAAGCCGCCUUGGCCACCAUGGAUGUUGUCAAUCAGUUGCGGAGACAGUUUGUCGACUACUCUACAUCAUUACACCGUGAGGGAAUUUUGGAUGACCAGUUUACUCAGCUCCAAAAACUGCAAGAUGAAAACAGCCCUGAUUUUGUGGUUGAGGUUGCUUCUCUCUUCUUUGAAGAUUGUGAGAAGCUUAUUAACAAUAUGGGCAGAGCUUUAGAGCAACAACAAGGGGUUGAUUUCAAGCAAGUAGAUGCUAGUGUCCAUCAGCUAAAGGGUAGUAGUUCCAGCAUAGGUGCAAUGCGAGUUAAAAACGUGUGCAUCACCUUCAGAAGUUUUUGCGAGGCCCAAAACCGAGAAGGGUGCUUGAGAUGCCUGCAGCAGGUGAUUCACGAAUUCUCCCUACUGAAGAACAAGCUUCAAACCUUAUUCAGGCUGGAGCAACAAAUUCUUACAGCAGGCGGUUCAAUUCCGGUGAUUGAAUAAAACAUCAUUCAUAUCAUUCCUUGUAGUAGAACAAAGGAAAAGUAAACAGUUUAUAUUGCAGAUACUGAAGGGUUUAGAUUUGUCUGUAAAUCCUGUAUGAGGUUAUGGUAAUGCUGUGAAUCAACUGCAAAAACAUAUAUGUGAUAGUUUUCUUUGUUGGCUAAUGUCGAGAUUUCGAACACAGUAGGAUGUGCUCUUAGUUUGUUUAUUUUAGUUAAUUCCUCCAGAAAAUCUUC